AAUGAAAAUGUGCGAUAUUGUUUUAACACGAUGGCUGAUGAGCAGAAUACCUUUACACUGCAGCCACACGCAGGAUUUAAAGCCAGGUAGCAGAGUGCAGAAGGUUGGAACAAUGCCAGAUUCACCUGCGGAUGUAAAAACCCAGCCCAGGUCCACCCCACCUACCAUGCCUCCUCCACCCCCGGCUGUCAGCCAAGCAACAAGUCGCAACGCCUCUUUCACCCCAGCCACCAGUAAAUCAAUGCUGAAUGGGAGCAGUCACUCUCCUACAUCACUAAACGGUGCUCCAUCCACUCCCAAUGGCUUCAGUAACGGGCCAGCAAUGUCCUCCACCGCCUCGUUGUCCAACCAACAGCUCCCACCUGCAUGUGGCGCCCGGCAGCUCUGCAAACUAAAGCGCUUCCUCACGACGCUGCAGCAGUUUGGAAACGACAUUUCACCCGAGAUCGGAGAGCGAGUGCGCAGCCUUGUGUUAGGCCUGGUGAACUCCACUCUCACUAUCGAAGAGUUUCACUCCAAACUUCAUGAGGCCACAAACUUCCCCUUGAGACCUUUUGUCAUUCCUUUCCUAAAGGCAAACCUGCCACUGCUGCAGAGAGAACUGCUCCACUGUGCCAGAUUGGCCAAACAGACUCCAGCUCAGUAUCUGGCUCAACACGAGCAGCUGCUCCUGGACGCCAACGCCAGCUCGCCCCUCGACUCCUCCGAGAUCAUGCUGGAGAUGAACGAGCACGGGAAGAGAAGGACUCCUGACAGGACCAAAGACAGCGUGGAGAGGGAUGGGUUGCACCCGGAGCACCUGGCCAAAAGACCCUGCACCAUCAGCCCCAGCCAACGCUUCAGCCCCAGCACUGGUCUGCCCUCUCACCCACCUCCCAACGGCCUCCCCACACACCCUCCCAACGGCCUGCCUCACCCGCCUAACCCCCAAAUGGGACCUCAGCACUAUCGCUUAGAAGACAUGGCGCUGGCACACCAGUACAGAGACGCAUUCAGACACAGUGAACACCGGGACACCAGAGACAGGCACCGGCAGACAGCAGUGCACGGAGCUCGCCAAGAGGAAGUGAUUGAUCACCGUCUUACAGAUCGAGAGUGGGCAGAAGAAUGGAAACAUCUUGAUAAUCUCCUGAACUGCAUCAUGGACAUGGUAGAGAAGACGCGGCGUUCUCUGACGGUGCUGCGACGCUGCCAGGAAGCCGACCGGGAGGAGAUGAAUCACUGGAUUCGCCGCUACAGCGACGUAGAGGAGAUGAAAAAAGGUGGGAGCAACGGACAGCACUGCCUUCCUCCUUCUACUACUACUCUUCCUCCUCCUACUCCUCACCACAACUCCUCCUCCAACACAGCUAGCAGCAGCAGCGAGUCACUCCCCAUAGGAACUUCCUCGGCUGCUGAAAGGCAGACAGGCAGACAGACAGAGAUCCACAGAGACUUCCUGCAUCGGCCUCCCUCAGGGUACCUGCCUGAAGAAAUCUGGAGGAAAGCCGGUACCACAAGCAUCCCGCUCUCCCCAGCACUAAAGCACCUCCAAAACAAGCAGGAGGAGGCGGUGAAUGAAGUGAAGCGGCAGGCCAUGUCAGAGCUGCAAAAGGCUGUGUCAGACGCCGAGAGGAAGGCUCAUGAGAUGAUCUCUGCAGAACGGUCCAAAAUGGAGAGGGCGCUGGCCGAGGCCAAGAGACAAGCUUCUGAGGACGCGCUCACGGUCAUCAACCAGCAGGAAGACUCCAGUGAAAGCUGCUGGAACUGUGGGAGGAAAGCCAGUGAGACGUGCAGCGGCUGCAACACCGCUCGAUACUGUGGCUCCUUCUGCCAACACAAAGACUGGGAGAAGCACCACCACGUCUGCGGUCAGGGCCUGCAGGGGCUGCCAGGGGGCAGCAGCGUCCCUCUAGGCACCCCCUCCUCCUCCUCCAGCUCCUCAGCGUCCUCCAGUGCACCCCCGACCCACUCUGAGAGCUCUCCUCCAGGACCCCUGUCCCUAGUGGGCCAGAGCAGUAUGGCAGGGGGUGCUGGCAGCGGAAGCAUCUCUGCCAGCCCCAAAGAGAGCAGUUCCAGCAGUGCCUCUCGCUCCACAACUCCAGCAACCCCCGCCCUACUGGACGCCACCUCUCGCUGACACCCGCUCCUUGUUGUGCACGUUGAAACGACAGCGGCCACCCUCCACACAAAACCAAACUGAGGAAUCUCCAUUGCACAGUGCUCCCUUUCCUCCUACUCCCCCAAACUUUUUGAAAAACAAUUUGCUAAUCGACAGACUGGUUUUCUCACUUUCUUCCUGUCCAACUUUUUCUGCCUCUUUUCCAAAAAAAGAUCAGCCACAGACACAAAGAUUCCAGCCAGGGGUUCAUUGUAGCGUUAAGCGUAUUACAGUGUCUGUCAUCUCGUCAUAGAAACAUAUCAAAUGUGUUCACUGAGCUUUGACUUGAAGAUGUGCCCUCAGUUAUAUAAGCACGGUAAAUGGCGUCCACAUAAGGACACAGGAAAUGGGCUGUGAAAAGACAGCACGGAUGAGGGAUGACUAGGCCAAUUAGCACUUGGAUAGGAUUUCCCUUUAAUUUAGCACUAAUGGAAGAACAGCAAGCAGCCCAGAGCUGAGUGCUAACAGUCCAAACAGCUCGCCGUGGCCCUUCUAGUCUCUAAUGAAGACAGAGUAAAGAGCAUAACCUUUUUUUAAUGGAUGAAGGAAGGAGUAACGCCUUGAUGUGAUUAAUUCCUCAGAAACACAACUUAGUAUUUAUUAAAGGUUUCUUUCUGGCUUUAAGGGAAAACAAAGACAAGUCCAAAUAUCCUAAAUAAAGAAUAAUAGUAAUGCUGAGAAAAAUGAAUUAGUUUUAAACUGCUAACUACCUUGCUAGCGAGCCAAGAAAAUCUUACACCGGACUCACCUCUCUGCAACCCAAAUAAAUUCAAAGAUGAUAAAAAAAAAAAAAUUACCUGAUCCAAACCUUUGUAUGACACUGCCAAAGUGAAAAACGUGAGCGAUAAAGAGAAGCACUCAUCUUAUAACCAAACGCAAAGCAACAACACCUCCUCAGCAGAAACGCCAGCCCUGAGAGGAUCGGGCCCGGAGGAGCUGCAGAACACGAGCCAGAGUCCAACGUUUAAAUAAAAUUAAAAAACAGACAAACCUGCGACUUGCUUUGAUCUGUAGCUGCCUCCUGCAGCCGGACAUUCAAACAACAUGAAUGCGAAUACGGCGACUCCUCAGCGACGGCCCAGACUAGUGAAUAUGAACAACGCUGUGAAUUCGCCUACAAGAAAGGACCUCACGAAACUGAUGGAAACCUUGCCACAGUGUGGCUCUUCUGUGAACGCAAGAGGCCAAAAGCCUCAAAGGAGACAAAGAUACAUUUAAAGGCAACAGAACUGCCCAAAAACAAAGAUAAAAAAACUCAACAUAAGCUUGAAAACAUUUAAGGUGUUGCGUAUGGGAAGAUUGUUUGUAAGCUGUUUUUUUAAAGCUAAAAAACGAGGAGAUAUUUCAAGGAAACGCUCUUUUACAUUCACUCCCUCCUUUUCCCAAAGCAUGAAUUGAACGAGUAACGAGGGAGGGGGGUGUACACGUCGUUCUCCUCUCUUUCUACCUCCCUUCAUCCCACACCUCCUUUCUACACACUUCACAAUGACUUGACUCAAGUCCGCCUCGAACCCGAGCUUGCUUUGGACACAGCCACAAAGCAGACACACGGGGAGGGUUGAACCUGCUUGUAGAUAUUGUUCCUCCUCUCAUUUUUCCAUUAAUGUCCUUUAUUGCCGACGCCACAUGUGCUGCCCUCGUGUAGAUCCAAAAAAAAAGGAUUCUGUUUUUUUAUUACCUUUUGUUUUCAUCUAAGUUUGGGAUGAGCAGUGAAAACUGAACAAGGAUUGCUUGUUUGGAAAAGGAAGCCCCCACCACACACGUUGUACUUAUUGUUUGAAUUGAUGUAUCUAUAGCGACGAGAUGACCCCCCCCACCCCCACCCCGUAGAAUAUUUUGUAUUGCUCACAUUGUAAGACAGUGAGAGGACGGAGGUGCAAUAUGAAGAGAAUUCAGCUACUGAAUGGAACCUCAGCAACUGCCCGUAGGGUGUCAUAUAAUAUAGAUACAUAUAGAUAUAUUUAAAGUAACAUCAGUAACUUAAUGUGAAUGUACAUAGUAUUUAAAAAGGUCCAAAAAUGUAAUUGCCAAAUAACAAAAACCUUUAAAGAUCAGAAUUUUCUCACAGUGCAUUUGUUUCCCAAAAGUCUUCACCCGUUCAAACACGUUAAACGCUUCUUCUUCUUCUUCUUCUUUUUAUUUCUUUAUUUUAUUGUAUUUAUUUUCAAAAACAAAGUCUCCCGCCUACAGAAAAGGACUAAACAAAAGAUGAUAUGUUUUCCCGUUAUUUUUUCAGCUCCAGAAACGCUGUAGUGAUCCUUUCGCUUGCUCUGAAAAUAAAUCAACAACGGUCGACAACUCCGUGUUUGGAGGAAAGAGCUGUUUGC